UAAGAGGAAGAUUUAUAAGGCAUGGAACCUUCCAUCAGGUUUGGAAGAAAGUAGAGUGAAUGUAGAGAUACCAGACUGCCACUAAGACCAAUGGACAAUCCCACACUCACACUUCUCUAUCGAACUUUAAGAUUAGUAAUAUGCUGCCUUUGCAAGAUGAAAAGAAACUAGUGCCAAGAAGGCAUAUUCUUCAGUAUUUGGAAUAGACGUGCUCUCAAGACCAUGGCUUCAAAAGUCUCCUGUUUAUAUGUUUUGACGGUUGUGUGCUGGGCCAGCGCUCUCUGGUACUUGAGCGUAACUCGUCCUACUUCUUCCUAUACUGGCUCCAAGCCAUUCAGCCACCUAACAGUUGCCAGGAAAAACUUCACGUUUGGCAACAUAAGAACUCGACCUAUAAACCCACAUUCUUUUGAAUUUCUUAUAAACGAGCCCAACAAAUGUGAGAAAAACAUUCCUUUUCUCGUUAUCCUCAUCAGCACUACCCACAAAGAAUUCGAUGCUCGCCAGGCAAUCCGAGAGACGUGGGGUGAUGAGAACAACUUUAAAGGGAUCAAGAUAGCCACUCUUUUCCUUCUGGGCAAGAACGCUGAUCCUGUUCUGAAUCAGAUGGUGGAGCAAGAGAGCCAAAUCUUCCAUGACAUUAUCGUGGAGGACUUUAUUGAUUCCUACCAUAACCUUACCCUCAAAACGUUAAUGGGGAUGAGAUGGGUGGCCACUUUUUGUUCAAAAGCCAAGUACGUCAUGAAAACAGACAGUGACAUUUUUGUAAACAUGGACAACCUUAUUUAUAAACUACUAAAACCCUCCACCAAGCCAAGAAGAAGGUAUUUUACUGGCUAUGUCAUCAAUGGAGGGCCAAUCCGGGAUGUCCGCAGUAAGUGGUAUAUGCCCAGGGAUUUAUACCCUGACAGUAACUACCCACCGUUCUGUUCGGGGACUGGCUAUAUCUUUUCAGCCGAUGUGGCCGAACUCAUUUAUAAGACCUCACUCCACACAAGGCUGCUUCACCUUGAAGAUGUAUAUGUAGGACUGUGUCUUCGAAAGCUGGGCAUACAUCCUUUUCAGAACAGUGGCUUCAAUCAUUGGAAAAUGGCCUACAGUUUGUGUCGGUAUCGCCGAGUUAUCACUGUGCAUCAAAUCUCUCCAGAAGAAAUGCACAGAAUCUGGAAUGACAUGUCAAGCAAGAAGCAUCUCAGAUGUUAGGAUUUUUACCAGUGUAAAUACAUUUCUUUUCUUUUUUAAGAAACGGGGCCUGGGGUGUUGGUAUUUUACAGGUGUCACCAGAAGAAAUGAACUGGUGAAGGGGUUUUGUAAAAAGCUUUUUCUUCUCGCUCCUAGUUCCUUUCUUGGAUUACCAAUUUACAAAUGUUAGGCUCUAGUCAGAAAUAAUACAUAAGUUAGAAGGGCCAGAUUUCAUUCUCAGGUCCUAAGGCAUUGCAUUUAUCUCAAAAAAUAACUUUCUAACAACUGUUAGGAUUUACACACUGUGCAUCUGAGAUAAAAAUCUGGUUCUGAGAAACUGAAACUCAUGGUAAUGUCUUUAUAUCAUCACUGCAAAAAUAAAUAAAUAACUCUUUCAAAAACAAUUCAGAAAUCAUGCACAGGCAGGAAGACACACUGGAUGUGAUUAUUAAUAUUGUGUAUGCUGUUACAUUGAAUUUUUACACAUUUUGCCACAUGUGUACACUAUUUGUGGUUCCAACCAGAAAUGAACUUUGUACUGGCAGGGAGGCUAAAUUAAAUAAAUGGAAACUUAAACUCGAGAAUCAAAUAUUCUGUAUGUUUGGAAGACAAUUCCACUUGCUUAUUCAACAAGCAUUACCUGGUGCCUCCAAGGAGGCUUUGCCAAAUGUAAUGUCACCUGCUACCCUCCAGACCAUGUUGCUAAGUGCAUUUUAUGGUUUCUGGCUCAUGCAGGCACAUGUGUAGAAAUAAGUUGUCAGGAGGCCAGAGAAACAAUAAAUCACACAGAGAAAAUACAAAUUUAUGUAUGCAUUAUAAUUAACAUAAGCUUAGCAAUAGUAUAGGA